GUUUAGGGUGAUUUCUUAAGAAUUUCUUGCAAUCACGACUAUCGCAGUUUAGGAGUGACUAUUCCUAUCGCGUGAAGUCAUUUUAAUGCUGUUGUGAUCGUUUCGGGAUAUAGUUUUUGGUUUUGUAUGUUUAAGUUAUUUGAACGGGAUAAGUUUCUGAGUCAUCGGCGCUCCUGCAGCAGAUCUUAUGUACUUUGCAAAACUCGCACCUCCGAUGGAAGCAUUCUUGUUGCAGUGAAACAAUAAACAGUUUGAGCAACCUUCAUUUUUGAGAUUAUCAUCGUUCUUCGUUGAGCAAGGUGCAAUCGUGUGGGCAAGUCUUUCCCCAAAGUGUAAACAUUCCAUCGUCGACCCGAGCCAGAGGCCGUAGGGCAAUUGAUUGACCCGCACACAUGGCGUAACGCACAUACCACAGUCGUCCAUGUCAUCAGUCUUUAAUUCAAUUCUAGCCUGAACACACAGGAGAACUGGACAACUUACUCUUGCGUAACGAUAACCAAAAAUUAAAGGGAUUCCGAGACGCGCAACACACGACGCUGGCGGUCAAUUUGAAGCGUACGUUGACCAAUCGAAAUCGGUCGUAAUCAACAGCAUCGAAUGCAAGAAUCUCGACUCGGGAUGCAGUGUUUCGGUACCGGUUGUUCAUUGCCUCUGCUGAGAUUGUCACUGUCGUGGUAUGCGUCAUCGUGUGUUAUCAGAAAGCCUACGUUCGGAAAGUUUACGAUAGUCUCAGCUGCUCACUAGCAGCUAACUCAGUGAUUGUACGAAUGCGGCCAAGUUAAACGCUGUGUUGGGUCCAGUGACUAACUAGCAGUUGAAAGAUAGACCGUGCAGAGGUCAUUAAAGCAUCAUACGAACGGUUCAUGCUGUAGCCGAAACCAACUUAUAGCCGCGAGUUCUCGAAGAAAAGUAAGAGCGCAUCAUUGUGCAAACUGUGCCGUGCCGUGCGUUUACCUGUGUGCGCAUGUAAACAGUGGCAGCGUUUAUAGCGAACGAGACGGCACAGAACAAACCAAUCAUGAAACAAUGUCGCCAACGAUGAUAACCAUCAUAUACUCCUUGGCUAUCGCUAUCCUGAUAUUUUGGUGCGGAAAAUGGAUCAUUCAUCUGACGGCCAUCACUUACGGGAAGAUAAAACUCCACAAGAAAGCUUCCCAGCAACCACGAGAGACGCCAUAUCCCUCGGUUUCGAUUCUGAAACCACUAAUGGGAGUCGACCCCAAUUUGCAGAGCAAUUUGGAAACGUUUUUCCUCAUGGAUUAUCCGGUGUAUGAGCUGCUGUUCUGCGUCGAAUCCCAGGACGAUCCAGCGAUCGAGGUAGUGAAUCGGUUACGUGAUAAGUAUCCCAGCAUUGAGGCGGAGCUGCUCGUUGGUGGCUCGAACGUGGGAGUGAAUCCAAAGAUAAAUAAUCUCUACCCGGGAUAUGUGCAGGCUCGGUACGAGCUAAUAAUGAUUUCCGACGCGGGCAUUCGCAUGAAGAGCGACACACUCACCGAUAUGGUAAACCAUAUGACGGAGAAGGUGGGCCUGGUACAUCAGAUGCCAUUCGUGUGCGACCGGGAAGGUUUUGCUGCCGCGUUUGAGAAGAUCUACUUCGGUACGGUGCAGUCGCGGAUUUACCUGUGCGCCGAUCUGCUCGGUAUAAACUGUCACACGGGGAUGUCGUGCUUAAUGCGGAAGGAUGUGCUAGAACAGCUGGGCGGUGUGCAAGCGUUUGGAUGCUAUCUGGCAGAAGAUUUCUUUCUCGCCAAAGCGUUCCACGACCAUAACUGGAAGCUAACGAUCAGCAGCCAACCAGCGUGGCAGAACUCGGGAAUAUGUGAUAUUAGCAGCUUUCAGGCACGGCUCACUCGAUGGGCCAAACUAAGGGUGGCCAUGGUGCCGACGACCAUUUUCCUGGAACCGAUGUCCGAGUGCAUCAUCGUAGGUUUGUUCGCGUGCGGUGCCGUCAAAGUACUUUUCCGAUGGAAUCCACUCGUAUUUUUCCUCAUUCAUACGCUCGUGUGGUUCCUGUCCGAUUGGGUUCUGCUGUCGAUAAUCCAGAAUGGGGCAUUACCUUUCAACAAGUUCACCUUCUUCGUUGGGUGGGCUUUACGUGAGGUUAGUGGCCCUUACCUGUUCUUCAACGCCUUGUGGAAUCCGGCGAUCAGAUGGCGAACUCGCGUGUAUAAGCUAGCCUGGGGCGGUGUUGCGUACGAACUUACAUCUCAAAUUAAAUCAUAACUUCAGUUUACGUACCGUGUAGCAAUGGCAGCAAAAUUACCGAUUUCUCAUGAUCAAUCGCAUCUGUCGCUUCAUUCGAACAAAAUUCCGUUGGGAAUAAAUCUUGCAAAGAUGUAUUUUUGGUUAAUUUUUUCAAACAAAGCACAUAUGCCCACAGAUAUUACGAUCAUCCCAAAACGAUAGCAAAUGGAUGAAUUGUCUCGCUGCAUAUCCUAAUUACGUUUUGUUUAGUUUGAUAUGCUUUUUCCAUCCCGUUUUCUCUAACAUUAGUUGGCUUAUGUAAGUGCGACAACAACUCGGUUUGCAAAACAAAACAGUUAAUGGGCACGCAAAUCGGACUGUUGUUAAAAGCUCGGGUGGCUAGUUGAUGAAGAAAGCCUUUAAAUUUUACGUCUAAAUUUGGCGUUAUUAUUCGCUGCUCCAGAUACACGUUCCCACGAACAGCAUGAAACCUUAAACGUGUCGAGAGUUUUUCUUUAUAAAACUGUUUAAUGUACAUACUAUUUAUAAACCUUGCGAUGACUAUUAAUUAAGCUAGAACCCACUUUGGAUAAAAGAGAAAAAAACAAA